AUGACCGAAGGGAGCACCGGUGGUGGUGGGGGUUGCGAUGGGAGCGGCGGUCCUGUAGCGGUGGAGGAGGAGGAAAACGGUGGUGGCGGCGAUGGGCCCCCUCCCCGGAUCGUGGCCUCCGCACUGGAUGUCACCUGGGAGGCCCUGUGCAGCCCCUCGUGCUGCUGGGAGUGCCAUGUCUUUGGCCUCCUCUCCACACCCCUGGCCCGGCUCGAGGGGGUGGAGGUGCUGCUUCACACCCUGCUGCCGAAGGGGAGCCGCCUCACUGCACCCACGCAGGAGAUGGUCGUCAAAGGUCCUCUCCUUGGGCGCCGGCCUGGACUCGCUGUACUUCUGCCUGAAGGACCGGGGCCUCCUAGGGCGGGCCACCCUCUUCCUCGAGGUGGACUUCCCGGCCGUGGCGGCCCACAAAGCGGCCCUGAGCAGGUCCUCUCCUUGGGCGCCGGCCUGGACUCGCUGUACUUCUGCCUGAAGGACCGGGGCCUCCUAGGGCGGGCCACCCUCUUCCUCGAGGUGGACUUCCCGGCCGUGGCGGCCCACAAAGCGGCCCUGAUCGCAGCGCGGGAGGAGCUGGCCGCCAUGGUGGGAGGCAGAGCUCGGGAGCAGGAGUCCGGAGCUGUUCAUUUUGCAGGAGAAGAUUACAGAUUGCUGGGGGUGGAUCUUGCUGAACUUCCAGAGCUGGAGGAAGCCUUGCACUGUGCGGGCCUAGACCCCCAAGCGCCCACCCUGCUACUAGCAGAAGUGGCACUUACGUAUAUGGAAGUCGAAAGGUCAGACGCCCUGAUCCAGUGGGCAGCCAGGCAUUUCUCACAGGCGUGGUUCGUCCUCUAUGAGCAGAUCCAUCCCGGCGAUCCUUUUGGACACGUCAUGCAAAACCAUUUCAGACAGUGCAACGCGCAGCUGUGCUCCUUGGCCCAGUACCCUGACCUCAAGGCCCAGCGGAUGCGCUUCAUGCAGGAGGGCUGGGCUGAAUGUCACGCCAUGGACAUGAAGGAGUUCUAUGACCGCUUUGUCUCUGAAGAUGAGCGGCGGAGGAUCCAGGCCUUGGAGCCCUUUGACGAGUUUGAGGAAUGGCACCUGAAGUGUUCCCACUAUUUCAUCCUGGUCGCAUCGAAAGGAGAGGAGUUGUGUCGGGCUCCUGCGUUUCCCGGCGUGGAAGAGAAAGCGUUCUCGGGCUUUGCCGGGACAGUUGCUGCCUCGGUCUGCACUACAGACGCGGGGGUCACCGGCCUGAGACGGUACGGCCACCGCUCCAUGCACAUGGCACCAGAUGUGAUCCUUACCACAGGAGGUUUCGGCGACCAUGGCGGGCGUCACUGCCGCCUGACUGAUCUGCAUGCCCUGAUCAAACACGGAGGCAAAUGGACCAACGGCAACGUCUGCCUGGCCAAGUCUGGGGAAGCCUGGGAUGGGCGGUUAUUCCACACCGUGACGCUCCUGCAGGCGGGCUGGGCUGUCGUGGUGGGGGGGCGCCUGUCUCCGGUGAGCCCGGCUCUGGAGAUGCGUCGCUUGAGGAUGCUGGAGGCGGACUGCUCCUCAGCCCCCCCGAGCUGCCUGGCUGUGGAGCUCACUCGACUGCCGCCCGUUGAGGACCUGGCCUUGCCGCGCUGGAGACAUACAGCCACGGAAGUCGUGCAUCGAGGUGAGAGGUACCUGUUCAUUUACGGUGGCUGUGGCCCUGGGCAGUCUGUCUGGGCAGACUGGCUCUUCCUGCACGUGGAGGAGCUCCGUUGCCGACAGCAGCAGGCAGCCCUGGAGUGGCCCCUGAUGUUGCACAACCACAGCAGUGUCUUCAUGCCGGACGAAGAGGAGGUUCUUCUGACUGGGGGCGGCGGCAACUGCUUUUCCUUUGGGAGUCACCUCAACCGGCAUCCUGUCCACCUGGCCCUGGGGGACGUUUUGAGUGGGCGCUGA